GAUGAAGAAGUUGAAGAGAAUGAACCAAGGAGGAGACUAGGCAGGAACCUUGGUGAAUGGGCGUCUCUGUCAAUGCAAGAAGUGGAAGAGUACAGCUUCAACGAUUUUAUGAUCGAGAUGCUUUCGAGACGUGCAGAAGCAGAAGCGAGGUUCUACAAGAGAAGUUCGGCCAAGAACAUAGCUAAUGAGUACAAGAAAGCUCUUUCCAACUUUAUACAUAUGAAUGAGAGUGAAAUCAGGAACAACACCGACCUCACCUGCUUGGAUCAAAGGUUUUGGGUAGCAUGUGAUGCAAAUUUCAAGGCAUUGAAAGAGAUUGCCUUAAAAUUCAUGUCUAUUGCUGCAACCGAAGCUGAUGUGGAAAGAAUGAUUUCAAUUGUGCGGAACCUGCGUAAUAGGUUUAAUCAAAACGCACGUGAAGAUCUAAUAAAGUGUAGAAUCCUAUUGAAGCUUUUCAUGACAAAUGAAAUCCUGAAAAAAGAUAUUUCCAGAUCUGACUGA